AUGGAGUGGGCUUCCUGCUAUCUACCGGACCACGACGAAGACGCACACUUCGGGCACGACGAGGCCGGCGUCCUCGGCGUGGCGCACGGCGUGGGAUCGUACCGCAAUCGCGGCGUGGACGCAGCCGCGUUCUCACGAGGGCUCAUGACGAGCGCCUUCAUGCACGUCCUGGCGAUCGAGCCCGGCAUGGCCGUCUGCCCAUACACGCUGCUGGAGCGGGCGUACGAUGAGACGGUCGCGUCCGCCGCGUCCGGGGCCUCCACCGCCGUCAUCCUCUCGCUCGCCGGCGCGACGCUCAAGUGGGCGUACAUCGGAGACAGCGCCUUCGCCGUGCUCCGGGGCGGCAAGAUCGUGCACCGUUCGCGGGCGCAGCAAAGCCACUUCAACUGCCCGUUCCAGAUCAGUGCCGGCGGGAAGGGGGACAGCGCGGACGUCGGCGAGAUUGCUGUGAGGCACGGGGAUGUCCUGGUGGUCGGCACGGACGGGCUCUUCGACAACGUCUUCGACGCCGACCUGGAGCGGCUCGUGCGGAUGGGCACCGCGCUCGGCUUCUCUCCCAAGAAUAUGGCGGACGUCGUCGCGGGCGUCGCCUACGAGAUAUCCAUGAGCGGCUCCACGGACUCGCCCUACAGCUCCGACAGCCGCAAGCUACGAGGAGACCGAUGCCGCGGCGGGAAGCAGGAUGAUAUUACUAUCCUCGUCGCCUUCCUUAUCUAG